AUGGAACAUACUCCGACGAAUGAUUUCUUCGAAUUUCCUGUCAAAUGCGACGGGUGGUAUGAAGAUCAAGUGGCCUGCCGCCGAAUGAACGGAGAUCGUGUCCAUUUACCGGCAAGCGACAUCCAGAAACUUAUGCCGAUCUUACGCGAACCCUACGCCCUGGACGCAAAUAUGAAGUUUGCAGACUCAGCGAGCCAGCUCCAACGUGUGCUCGAACAGCAGCUGCCGUCUCUCCAGCACCUCCGCAUCGAGACACUUAUAGGCUUUUCGGAAGACCACGACGUUCGCCUGGACUAUCCGUUCACGUUCAACCUACGUGGCGCGGCGCUCCCGGGACUGUAUACCCUGGUGGACCGCUACAUCACAUGUUCAUACCCAGGGGAGACGGUCGCGCCGCCCGUGCUGUCUCUAAUGAACCACCGGCAACUCCAGGAGCUCCGGUUCCGCGAGCACCCAUCCGUCAUGCACAGGAUCCUCUCCAGCCUCGUCAUCCCGGAGCACGUCAGCGUCGUUGCUGCGGGGGCCACCCACAACAGACUCCCCGGCGGCGUCAUUUUGGAAAUGCUUCCCGACGACAGGGCCAAGCUACCAAUCCUGCGAUGCGCCACUUACGUUGGUGUGACCCACUCCGUCAAGAACGAGUGCCGCGUCUAUGGAGGCACGAGCGGUCUUAAUGGGAGUGAGUUUCGCCUCGAGGUCGGUCCCAUCCACGCCUACACCAUGACACUUGGUAACGUUGGCGAGAGGAAGCCCGACGGCGUACUCAUCGACACCAUGGUCCAGCAGGCACGGAAGCCUGGCGCAGACGAUGGGUUCGACGUGGCUCAUCGCGUUCAGUCUCUUCCCGACGUCGAAAGCCUGACGAUCCAGGAAAUCCGGGACAAACCUGAAGAUUAUAUCCAUGACCUGUGCGUCGCGCUGACAUCGCCGGCUCGGACGGCUAGCCGGCGCCAGGAAUUGGUCUUCCCGCGCCUGCUCGACUUUACAUUCCAGGCCGCGGUCCACGAGUCGGAGAUGCUGCAUGGGCUCUGCAACUGCUUUGCGAUGCGUGCACAGAACGGCGCGCAAAUGCUCCGCAAGAUGAAAUUCAUCCUCACCUCCGAGACGAAAUGGAGUGAGGCUGCGAUGCAGAGUACUCGAUGCGUGUUGGUUUAUUUUGCCAAAGACGUUGAUCUGACGGUCAACGGAGUCGGCCCCAGGCCCUUGCCUGGCAAUGUGAGUGGAUCUGGGAGCAAUGGGCAUUGA